AUGGCGAUAGCCAUCGCUAUGAUUUCGGAUGAUAGUAAUCUCAAGGGUUUAUGGCUACCGGAGUCUGCGGCCAAGGUGGUGAAGGCUCAUGUCGUGAGUUGUGGUGCCUGA